GAAAAGAUAAAGAUGUAUAUGUUAUUAUUUCUUCUUGGAAUUUGCUCAGCUUUCGUUGUAGGCAGUAAGCUUUCAGCACCUACUAAAAAGAGUGAGAAAGCGGUUGCUUGUUAUUAUCAAAGCUGGGCAGAAGAACUUGCACUGGAAGAAAGGUUCUACAUAGAAAACAUCGACGUGGAUCUUUGCACUCACAUAAUUUACAGUUUUGUUGGACUUGGUGCAGAUGCUUCUAUUCGACUUUUGGAUCCAAAGCUAGAUUUAAAAAAUAAUGGAUUCAAAAGAUUCAAUGAUCUUCGGAAAAAGAACCCAAAUUUAAAAACUUUAGUCUCCAUGGGGGGAUGGAACGAGGGAUCUGAUAAUUAUACUAAAGCAGUGACUGACCCGAUUUUGCGAGAAAAACUUGUUAAUAAUAUUUUGAAAUUCGUAACGAAAUAUGAAUUCAGUGGAUUUGAUCUCGAUUGGGAAUAUCCUGCUCAACGUGGUGGAAUUCCUUCUGAUAAGCAGAACUUUGUCUUACUUUUGAAGGCACUCAGAGAAAAAUUCGAUAAAGAAAGUCUCAUUUUAUCAGUAGCAGUUGGCGCGAGUGACGAGACUGCUAAGAUAUCAUAUGAUAUUAAAAAAAUAUCUAAGUAUGUGAACUUCAUAAAUUUAAUGACUUACGAUUUUCAUGGAACCUACGAUACGAAUAAGACAGUGGGUCAUAAUACACCAAUGUAUCCUUCAUCAAAGGAAAGUAUAGAGGCACGCAAAUUGAACAUUGCUUAUGUUGUGAAAUACUGGCUUUCGCAAGGUGCUGCACCAGAAAAGAUAAUACUAGGAACAGCUUUUUAUGGAAAAACCUAUACUUUGUCUAAUAGAAAAAAAAUUGGUAGAGGUGCACUAUUUUCUGGCUCCGGAAAACUUGAGAAUCCAGGAUAUUCCAAAGUUUGUCAGUUGGUAAAAAAUCGAAAGUGGCAGUAUUUGUACGAUGAAGAACAGAAAGUGCCAUAUAUAUACAACGGGAACCAAAUUAUAGCCUACGAUGAUGUUAAAUCUAUCAAAAAGAAAGCUGAAUUUGUUAAGAAGAUGAAUCUUGGUGGUGCAAUGAUGUGGAGUGUAGAUCAAGAUGACUUUCAUGGAACAUGUGGAGAAAAGUUUCCACUUCUGAAGACUUUGAACCGAGUCCUCCGAAACAAAUGUUAAAUUCUUGUAAAAAUACAACUUGACAAAAUAGAGACCUUAUUGCAUCAAUGAAAAUCCACUUUUUUCUUAAUUCCUAAUUAUAAACGCAUUAAAGUUUAU